AUGAAUUUCGAGAUUAAACUAAAGGAACCUACAACUCCGUCGGCUCCUGAAAAUUAUCUUAACCUCUUAACUAAUAUGCAACAUUUCGAGGGAAUAAGAGUACUAGUAUACUUAGACGAUUUCUUGAUAGCUCACCAGGACUACAAUGUACUCUGCAGGCAGGUUCAAAUUGUAUUAGAGCGUCUAAAAUAUUUAGUCUGGAGAAUCAACAUGGAAAAGUCGAUAACUGUUCCAACGAAAUCGCUCGUGGUUUUAGGCAUACACUGGAACCCAUGGCUCAACAAAAAGUCGAUUCCAGAGAGCAAAUCAAUACGGCUUCAGAAACUACUUAUAACCUUGAUAAACUCGGGCAUGACUUCAAUAAGUGUUCUUCAAAGCCUAAUAGGACUGUUAAAUUUCGUCAGCUUUGCUGUAACACAAGGCAGAUUACACUUCCGAAAUGCUCUUGUAUUCCUAAACAGGCAACUAAAGGAAUCGCUUGUACACGAAACUGUCAUUCCUCAAAAGGUAAAAGAGGAUCUUGUUUGGUGGCUUGCAAAUCUUCGAAAACCUUCUUAA